AUGCGCCCACAACAACGCUGCCCGUGCCCACCCCCCACUCGCCCGUCCACCUCCCCCAGCGCUCCCCCACCCCCCGCCCGGCCUCCGCCCCUCCCCGGCCGCUCGCGUCCUCCCGGCCGAGCACCGUCUGUCCUAUCGCCGGUCCCCCCCCCCUCAACUCCCCCGACACCCCAAAGCCGCGGGCACAAUUGCCCUCACCCUCACCCCAUCCCUCCCUCCAUCGCUCACCCCCUCCGGCCCCGCGUGUCUCCCCCCCCCAUUCCCCCGCCACAGGCCUUCGAACCAACCGCAACCACCCGCUUCUACCCCCCUCCCCCUCCCCCCGAUACGCAGCCCCUCAGUGUGCCCACCCACAACGCGCGCCUGCCCUACCCGCUCACUGACCGAGCAGUCUCCCUCCUCCCCCGACGCCAGCAACUUCGCUCCCGGCACUUAUCGGUCCGCGUCACUCGCCGCUCCAACGUCCCUCACACCCCAGCACCGCUCCCCCGCCUCAGCGCCCGCCCGAAAGCCAGCCCAUCAUACCUCCGAUCCCCCGCCGAACCCUCCCCCCGCUCGCCACGCCCCAGUCCGGCGCACCCCACUCCCUGCCAACCCCUUACGCCAACCACCUCUCGGCCCACUCCCACGCCCCCCGCGCGGCCCACUCCCUGCCACGCUUUUUUCCAUUCCAACGCCGCGAACCCCAUCCCGGCCCCUGCCCCUCGCUACACCACCCUACCCACCCCUCCCCACCAACCACCCUCCCCCCACGCUCCCCCACCCCAUGCCCCCCCCCUCCUUGUUCCCCCAUCCAGCUCUCUAGACUACUCCUGCGCCUACCGUGUCUCGGCACCCCUCGGCUCCACCUUGUCUGCGGCAGGCCCCCAGCUGCGCCCGCAGACGCGCCGCUCGGCACCACCCCUCACCUCCUCCGGCGGCCAACCCGCGGGCGCGCUCGGCCCUACACAAGUGGCGUGGCGACCGUCCCGCCCGACCCUCCCUCCAUCAGCUAACCCCGACUGCCCCCUCCCCGUCACCGCGCCCCCUUCGCCCACUCACCGACACAUUCCCCCCGUCGAGCCCUUGAGACACGCCAAGGCCGCCACUCAGCCUCAGCCCGGUCUUCCCCUCAAUGCCAAGCACUCCCCCGAACCAUGGCGCAGCCCGCCUCCCUCCCCCCCGGCACCCGAGCCCACCACACUUACCAGUCAGUCCCACCUUCGCCACCCCCCCCCACACCCAGCCGUUAACCGGGAAAAGUCAAAGCCUGUCGCAUUCACCCGCACGGCGUGA